AUGGGCAUGUCAGAUGCACUGAUCAAUGAGGUCGAGCGAACCGGCCGAACCAACGGGACUGUGACUAUUCGCGCACCAAUUGCUGGUGCGAUACAGGCGCUUGACGUGCGUGAGGGAAUGACGGUCGCGGCAGGGCAGAGCCUUGCACAGAUAAGCGGGAUCAGGACAGUGUGGCUUAAUGCCGCAGUGCCGGAAGCGCAGGCGAACCUCAUCCGUAUUGGUCAAGGAGCAAGGAUAGCACUCAGCGCCUUCCCUGGUGAGAGCUUCACCGGCAAGGUCACAGCGAUCCUGCCGAUCACGCAGCCCGACAGCCGCACGAUGACCGUGCGGAUCGAGCUUGCCAAUCGUGGGGGACGCCUGCGCCCAGUGAUUGCCGCGAUCAUCCGUGCCGCGAUCAAGCGGCGCCGCAUAAUUAUCGCCGCCGCGCUCGUUCUGGCCGUCGCGGGAAUUGUAUCACUGCGCAACACACCGGUCGACGCCCUGCCCGACCUGUCCGAUGUGCAAGUCAUCAUCCGAACAUCAUGGCCGGGGCAGGCCCCACAGAUCAUCGAAAAUCAGGUCACCACGCCCGUCGCCUCGACCAUGCUCUCGGUGCCCGGCGCGCGGGUGGUGCGCGGCUAUUCAUUCACCGGCGACAGUUUCGUCUACGUCCUCUUCGAUGACGGGACCGAUCUUUACUGGGCGCGCAGCCGCGUACUCGAAUAUCUCAGCCAGGUGCAAAGUCGUCUACCGGAAGGCGCAAGCGCAUCUCUCGGUCCGGACGCAACAGGGGUGGGCUGGGUCUAUGAAUACGCGCUCAUUGACAAGACGGGGCGGCACGAUUUGUCGCAACUCCGGUCACUGCAGGACUGGUUUCUUCGGUACGAACUGAAGACCGUACCGGGUGUUGCCGAGGUCGCCAGUAUCGGCGGUAUGGUGAAGCAGUAUCAGGUCGUGCUCGAUCCAAUUAAGCUUGCCGCCUUUGGGGUGACAAGUGAGGAUGUCGUUGAAGCUCUGAAGCGGGCCAAUCAGGAAACUGGCGGAUCGAGCAUCGAGCUGGCGGGCGCAGAGUAUACGGUGCGUGCAAGCGGCUACCUCAGAUCGAUCGAGGAUUUCCGCGCCGUGCCGAUCCGCACCGCCGCUUCCGGCGUACCGGUGACCGUGGAUAAUGUCGCCAUCGUCCAGCUUGGGCCUGAAAUGCGGCGCGGAAUUGCGGAACUCAAUGGCGAGGGCGAAGUCGCCGGGGGCGUGAUUGUCAUGCGUCAGGGCCAGAAUGCGCGCGAUGUGAUCAAAGGUGUUCGCAGCAAACUCGACGAGCUCACAAAGAGUCUGCCUCCGGGCGUCGAAGUGGUUACCACCUAUGAUCGUUCUGGCCUGAUCGACCGCGCAAUCGAAAACCUGACUGCGAAGCUGAUUGAGGAGUUUAUUGUUGUCGGUUUGAUCUGCGCGCUGUUUCUCUGGCACGCGCGCUCCGCGCUGGUAGCGAUCCUCACGCUUCCGCUGGGCAUUUUGAUGGCGGUCAUGGUGAUGCGCUUGCAGGGCCUCAAUGCCAAUAUCCUGUCAUUGGGCGGCCUUGCCAUCGCGAUCGGCGCGAUGGUCGAUGCCGCGGUCGUGAUGAUCGAGAACGCGCACAAGCAUCUUGAGCACUGGCGUCACGAGCACGAGGACACAGAGCCUGACACGACCACGCGUUGGGCGCUGAUUACCACGGCAGCCAGCGAGGUUGGUCCCGCGCUGUUCCUCAGCCUCCUCAUCAUCACAUUCUCGUUCUUGCCGAUCUUCGCGCUGCAAGGCCAGGAAGGCCGCCUGUUCGCGCCGCUUGCUUUCACAAAAAACCUAUGCCAUGGCCGCCGCGGCGAUACUGUCGAUCACGCUG